AUGAUACUACUUAUCAUUCUAAAUUUAAAGAAGUAAUAUAUUAAUCUAUAUAUUUAGGAUACAAGACAAAGAGAUAAAGUUUUAGAUAAAUCAUUAAGAGAUAGUGAUAUUGAAUAUCAUAAAUUAGCUAAAGAUAUUAAUAAAUUAACUCAAUUAUUAUCAGCUAAAAUAACUAAAUCAGUUUUAUAAAGAUUUUUAAGAACAUAAAGUUUUUUGA